UCCUCAGUCGCUGCUGAGGACGCGGCGAGUGCAGUUGAUGUGUCCUGCGCCCCGCCUUCGCCAGUCACAGCCCGUCGUUUUCCGGAGCCCGGGUCCGACGGGACGCGCGCCCGUGCGUGUGUGAGCGGGACUUAGGGCAGAGGUGUCCCUUCGCUGUCUUUUUCUUUGAUAUUUUUCAUCUUUUCAAGCCCCAAUUUUGCCCGCAGGGGUCUGUUCUCACGGUGUCUUCCUGCCCGCAGCCGGGUUGGGAGCGGGGCUGGCGUCCGGUGUGGUUCGGUUUAUUUUUCCUUUCGAACUUGUGAACGCUUCCCCCCACCCUCAUCUCUUUUCCUUUUAGUUUUUUUCUUUACUUUUUUGUUUUUUCUUUUUUUGGCCCAGUGCCUCGUGGUCCCUACACAACCGCCUUCUGACCCCUGUCUCGCUGCCCCCCCCUCCUCGCCCAGGGUCGCCCUCCUCCCCGCCCCAGGCCCGGGAGGGUGGGAACUUGCACCCCGCACGCGUCUCCGCAGCCGAGCCCGCACCUGCCUCAGUAUGAACGGGGUCCACGACCCACCUCUGUUUAUAAAAGAUAUUAAGGCCGGACUGAAAAACUUAAAUGUCGUCUUUAUUGUCCUGGAGAUAGGACGCGUGACCAAGACCAAAGACGGCCAUGAAGUGAGAUCGUGCAAAGUAGCCGAUAAAACGGGCAGCAUCACCAUCUCGGUGUGGGAUGAGGUCGGCAGUCUCAUACAGACAGGAGAUAUUAUACGGUUGACCCGAGGGUAUGCAUCUAUGUGGAAAGGUUGUCUGACACUUUAUACUGGAAGGGGUGGUGAACUUCAAAAAAUUGGGGAAUUUUGUAUGGUUUAUUCAGAAGUGCCGAAUUUCAGUGAGCCCAAUCCAGAUUAUCGAGGACAACAGAACCAAGGGGUAUAUAAUGAGCAGAAGAACAGUAAUAUGAAUACAGGCACAUUUGGACCAGUGGGAAAUGGUGUUCAAACUGGCCCUGAAUCAAGGGGAUACCAACUUUCAUAUUCUGGUAGAAGCAAUGGCCGGGGACCGACCUACCCACAGCUUUCAGGACCAGCUAAUAAUCACACAAUCAUGACCACAAUAAGUAAUGGCAGGGAUCCUCGGAGAGCCUUUAAAAGAUGACCUAUACCAAAUCAUCACAUGUAGUUUUUGAACUACGUGUGCCCUACUUGAACACUUACUGCUGCACUUUUAUUUAUUGUUAACUGUGAAAAAUAUGUCCUUUAUUACUUGUACAUUUUUGGUUUAAGAAGAGUGGUUGAUUUUUUUAGCAAAACUGUUAAACUACUCAAGUGUCCUAUUGAAGAAUAAGAGCACUCUGAAUAGUAGGGACAUUUAUUUUAGAGUAAAAAUUAUUGGAUAUUCUCUUAAAUCUGUACCCAUUUUAGGGUGAGUUACUUGAGAUAUCAAGCUUUAUAGCCUCCAUGAGUCUAUCUUCUGUAUAUGUUUUUGUAAUACUUGACACAAAGUUUAAUGGGAUAUAUCCUAGGUGUCUUAAAUUCAGAUAUUUGCCAACUAAAGCAAUAACCGCCAAAAAUCAGAAACUUGAUCAAUGCUAACAGUCAUUUUUGAGUGUUUGUGAGUCCAGGAAUAACUGACUAAAUUGAGUGACUGCUCUUAAGAUUUUUCCCAGCACUGUGUCAUUCAGAAUUCUUAUUGUAUUGCCCCCAAACAAAUUUCUUUGUGUCAGAAUUAUGGAAUAAAAGUAAUUUUCUUUAAGAAAGUACAUUUACUUUCUGUAAUGUGCUACUCAACAUUUGUUUUUAAAAUUACAGAUUAUGCUGCAGGAAAAUUUAAAGCUAAGGCCUUAGAUAUUUAGUUUUGAAACCACCAUGUUAAAUACCAAAAUUAGUUUGGAGCUGUUGUAAAAUCACAAUAAACACUGACUUGAUUAUUAAAAAAAAUAAUUGUAGAUAAAUAUAAUGAAGGCAAUUUAAAUUGAAUCCAUGUAGCAGUACAGUCUUAAGUUACCCUGGUACUUAACAGUACUCAGCUUUCAGUGAAAAUGCUAGGUACUUCCCUUUAUUUGAGUUGUGUAUAUAUGUCCUAAUUUUGGAACAUUGACAUAACAUAAGUAAAAGUUACAUGACUUUCAAAGCGAUUACAGCUUUAUUCAAAGAUGUUAAUGUAGGAUUUAUUUAUAUGUUAUAAAUGGUACCCAGUUUUACUUUCUACUGUAAGGAUGGAUAGCUAGUAAAUUUUUUCCUUUGUUAAAGUUUACCUCUUUGUGUUAAUGUUAACAGACCUACUUAAUUCUUACUCUUUUCUGUGACAACAGGAGAGAGCCUGUACAUCUCCCUAAGAUUGUAUUAACAACCUAGAGACUUAGUUUUACACUUGUUUUUUUCCUACCUCAAAUCAUCCAAUAAAGUCAUAGCAUUUUAAAAUUU